CAUCCGCGAGUCUGCACCGACGAUGGUGGCUGUCUGCAGGGCAUCUCCAUGACGGACGUGAAAAACAUUCGCUUCGAUGCGUUCCUAGGAAUCCCCUACGCCAACCCUCCCGUUGGGAGCUUGCGUUUCAAGAACCCGAUCCCGGUUGGAGCGCUGACCGAGGAAUACAACGCGACCGAAAGCAAAGCGGCUUGCCUCCAGCGUACACUCCUCGAAUCGGAGCGUCCCGUCGUCGGGAACGAAGAUUGUCUGUAUCUGAACGUCUAUCGACCAAAAGCGAACGCUUCGGAGCUCCCGGUGAUGGUCUACAUCCACGGAGGCGGAUACUUCUCCGGUUCCGCCGAUCCACAGCUGUACGGUCCGGAGCGACUUCUGGCGACGCAGCAGGCGCUGCUAGUGGCCAUCCAGUACCGGCUGGGAGUGUUUGGGUUCCUGUCGACCGGCGAUGAGGUGGUGCCGGGAAACGCCGGAAUGCACGAUCAGGUGUUAGCCCUGAAGUGGGUCCAGCGCCAUAUCCGCUCGUUCGGUGGCGAUCCGGGGCGGGUGACCAUUUUCGGCGAAAGCGCUGGAGGUGCGUCGGUUCAGCUGCACCUGAUAAGCCCCCUGAGUCGGGGACUGUUUCAGCGGGCGAUUAUCAUGAGCGGCAGCGCGAUAGCGACUUGGAGCCUACCGAUCGACGAUCCACUGGCCUUGGCACGGCGGCAGGCACAGCUGGUAGGAGUUUCCGAAGCGAACGAGCUAACCUCGUCCGAACUGGUCGACGUUCUGCAGCACAUCGAGGGCCGGGUGCUGGCCGCCAGUGCCACCCAUCUUCGAACGUGGUUCGAACACCCGAUCAUAAUCUACCGCCCGGUGCCGGAGAGUUCCGUGGUCCCCGAGAGUGAACGCUUUUUGCCGGAGGAUCCAAGGAAGCUGUGGUCCGAAGGGAGCUAUACCGAUGUACCGCUGAUGUUCGGAACGGUACCGAAUGAUGGGGCCAUAGCCAGUCUACCUAUCAUACACAACGCCACAAUGCGGCAAGAGUUUAACGACGGCCUGGCAGACCUGCUACCGGCGGUGCUUGCCGUGAAUGGCACGCCUGAGGUUAUGGAUCAAAUCAAGUCCCGGUACUUCCCAGACGCUCCCGCUGGGCAGUGGUUAACGGAGCAAAAUUCGCAACAAUUUACCCAGAUGUUUAGCGAUGUCCUCAUAAAGUAUCCGGUCGUCAAAUCGUUGCUGCAGUACGCUGCCAACAAAACCGGUUGCCGCGAAACGACGCUCUACUCGUUCGAGUUCACCGGACGGCACUCGUUCUCCUCGCUCUUCGCCCACCAUGCGAACGUAACCCACGGAGUGGUCCAUCAGGAUGAGCUAAUCUAUCUCUUUCGUAUGGCCGGCGUGUUCACCGACUUCCCCGAGGGCGCUCCGGAGAACGAAGUGGCCGACACGUGGACGCAGUUUUUCGUCACCUUCGCCUCGGACAGCCCCCCGGCUACGACGGCAAGCGCUUGUGAACAGGACAGCAUAAAAACGGUGGCCUUCGUAAAUGGCGCUUCAAACGAGGCACCGAUCGAGUUGACCAGAGGUGCCGGUGUUGCACCGGAGCUCCAGGAAAUGGUAAAGUUCUGGGACCGAAUUUACGACUCUUCAAGUGUUUCGGAGAAGCUCCUAUUGAGCGUGUGCGUGCUAAUUACUUUUUGCUAUCCGGCCCCGGGGCAAUCAAACCCCGUGCCACCUUUCGUGUGCCUCAGUGAUGGAUGUCUUCGUGGCACGUGGAUGCAAGACGCCACGCAGCAUCCUUUUGCGGCGUACUUUGGCAUCCCGUACGCCAGGCCACCGGUCGGACAGCUUCGUUUUACGAAUCCUCAGCCGAGUGGUCCGUGGAACGGAACGUUUGAUGCCUCCAACCCCGCCGGUCCCUGCAUCCAGAAGGUGACCCCAGGUACGGCCAUCAUAGGCAGCGAGGAUUGUCUCUAUCUCAACGUGUACGCACCGUUCCGAGACUAUUUCGACGAUGCCGGCCGGCUUCCGGUGAUGGUGUACAUCCACGGGGGUGCGUUCUCUUUAGGGUCGGCCCACCCGAGCUUGCGGGAUCCGUCGAGGUUCAUGAGCACCCGGAAGGUGCUGGUCGUUACUUUUCAGUAUCGACUGGGGGUGAUGGGAUUUCUGGCCACCGGAGACAGUGCGGCGCCCGGCAACUUUGGCAUGAAGGAUCAGGUUCUGGCCCUUCGCUGGGUGCAGAGGAACAUUCGCCCCUUCGGGGGUGACCCGCGGCGUGUGACAAUCUUCGGUGACAGCUCAGCCGGUGCAUCGGUGCAGUACCACAUGAUCAGUCCACUGAGUCGGGGUCUGUUUCAACGCGCAAUCAGCCUUAGUGGCAUUGCACUGGCAUCGUGGAGCGUCCCGUACGACAAUCCUCUCGCACUGGCCCAGGCUCAGGCCAAAGCGGUCGGUAUUACCGAUGCGGAUCGCAUCACCACGAGCAAGCUGAUCGCCCGGCUUCGAGAGGUAAAAGCCGAGACGCUAGUGUUUAGCAUCGACCAGCUUAAGCAGUGGGAUAUUGAACCCCUGACACUGUACCGUCCGACGGUCGAGCCGAAACACACCGUGCGGAGCGCGUUCCUGACGGAAGAUCCUCGCGACCUCUGGAAGCGGGGCGACUACACGAGCGUCCCGUGGCUGACGGGCACCCUGCCAACGGAUGGGUCGAUUGUAACGCAAGCUGCGUAUAGAAACGCCACUUUACUCGGGCAAUUUAAUUCGCGCUUCGUGGAACUGCUGCAGCUAUUUUUAAGGAUCCCGGGCAUUAAUGACGCUAUGCUGCGGAAUCUCAAACGGCGAUACUUCAACGACACUCCGGCCGGAGUGUGGAAUACGAUCGAUAACUAUCCUGACUCGACCACAAUGGUCACGGAUGCUUUGUUCAUCUAUCCGAUGGCCUCCUCGGUUAUGCAGCAUAUGGCGAACUACAAACCGCACCCGACCAGUGUCUAUUCGUUCCAGUUUCAGGGCCGCUACUCGAUGGCGAUAGUGAACGCCACCGUAACCAAGGGAUACGGGCUAACCCACGGCGAUGAGUUGAUCUACCUCUUCCGGAUACCGCUGCUCUUUCCUGACUUCCCGGUCGGUUCGCCCGAAGCCGCAAUGUCCCAGCAGUGGGUCAAGUACGUGGUCGAUUUUGCUACGACCAGCAGUGCUGGCCGAGUGGGAACGUGCAUUGGACAACGGUGCGAUGUGGUGCAGUUUUCCAACUCCAAUAACACCCAGAUGCCCGUGAAGAAGACGCUUAAGGCGGGUCUGUACGAGGACGUCUUCAAGUUCUGGAGAACUUUUUACCUGACAGCGUGCCAGCUUACGAAGUGCACUAAUAAAGACAUCUUCUAA